AUGGCUCCUCGUCUUNUCACGAAAAGACUAAAAACAAGUCAAGGGUCAAGAGCACACCUAAAGUCUGAGGAUCCUGAAUACAGUCAGAGGCUUCAGUAUCUGGGAGACACACAGCAGAACUGCACCAUCAGACUGAGUCAUGUGACACAGAAGGAUGAACACAUGUUCUGUUUCAAAUUCAUCACUGAUAAAGCUGGUGGAAAAUGGACUGGUGUUCCAGGAGUGACUCUUACUGUCACAGAUCUUCAGGUGGAGGCUCCUGAGAGAGUGACAGAGGGUCAUAAUGUCAGUCUGACAUGUAAAAGCAGCUGCACUCUGACUGACAGACCAACAUUCAUCUGGUACAGAAACUCACAUCCAUUAACUGAGAGAAGAGACAGAAACAAUCAACUCCUGCUGCAGUCAGUCAGAAGAGAGGAUGCAGGCAGAUACAGCUGUGCUCUACAUGGACACAGUUACAUCUCUCCUGCUGCUCAUCUCAGUGUCACGUGGGUUUCUAGUGCUGAUUGGGGUGUGAGUUACAGUCCUUCACACAUCUGUGCAGUAAAGAACUCAAUAGUGAUAAUGAGCUGCACUUAUACAUACCCUACUGGAUAUCAGAUCAUGAAAGUGUUCUGGACCAAAACAAAUGUUAAAGAUAAAGGUCAAGAGUUUCCAGAUCUGUCUGAGGAUCCUGAAUACAGUCAGAGACUUCAGUAUCUGGGAGACACACAGCAGAACUGCACCAUCAGACUGAGUCAUGUGACACAGAAAGAUGAACACAAGUACUAUUUCAGAUUCAUCACUGAUACAUCUGAUGGAAAAUGGAUUGGCACUUCAGGAGUGACUCUUACUGUCACAGAUCUUCAGGUGGAGGCUCCUGAGAGAGUGACAGAAGGUCAUAAUGUCGGUCUGACAUGUAAAAGCAGCUGCACUCUGACUGACAGAGCAACAUUCAUCUGGUACAGAAACUCACAGCCAUUAACUGAGAGAAGAGACAGAAACAAUCAACUCCUGCUGCAGUCAGUCACAAGAGAGGAUGCAGGCAGAUACAGCUGUGCUCUAGAUGGACACAGUUACAUCUCUCCUGCUGCUCAUCUCAGUGUCAUGUGGAAGUGCUCCGAGCUCGGGAAUGGCCCAAACCUAGAGUACCCCCCUCCCCGUGUAAGUGUAAAAUGA